ACACUUAACAAGAAAACUAUGGCUACCGGUGGAUUUGAAGAUAACUCUGAGGAAUGGGGUGAUGACGCCGUUGGUGGAAGAAUCGGGAGCAAGUGUGAACCUUGUCGUCACCGGGACAGGUCAGAGGUGGCUUCGUUGUUUUGUAAUACGUGCAAAAUAUAUAUGUGCGAUGACUGCUGUGAUGUUCACAAGGUGCACAUGAAAAACAUAGAUGGACAUGAAAUCGUGGCUGCCCAUGAAGCCUGUGUCAAGCCAGAUGUCGAUAUGAAGGGACUUGAUCAAUGUUUAGAACAUAAACGAGCGUUCAUGUUCUACUGUGAAGAUCAUAGCGAUUUAUGCUGUGAGACAUGUGCAAUUGUACACCAUCGUAGAUGCGAGAAUAUCCACGAAAUAGCAAAGUUGGCUAAUAAUGUGAAAGAUGAUGAAAAGGAAAAGAUACGUGCAUCCAUUAUCACUGCCUCAGAAGUUAUAAGGAAAUGCGAGGAGGAUCAAUUGAACAACGUUUCGCGAGUUAAAGAAAUCGUAAAAGAAAUUGAUAUUUACAAGGAAGACUUAAUAACCAAAAUUGAUGAAGCCAAGGCGCGAAUUGUCAGCGAAAUGACAUACCAUAACACACAGGAAGACGAACGUCUAGAUACGAGGAGAAAUGCGGCUGAAAACCUGAAGAAAGAACUUGACAGCCAAUUGGCAAUGUCAGAUAGCGUUCGAGAGAAAGGAAUGGAAACGGAAAUAUUCAUUCUAAACCACAUUCUCAAAAGGACGCAAAUCAAGGCAGCACAAACACUGAACACUUUGUUGAGAAAUGAUUACACCGUCAAAGUUGGAUUAAAAAUCGACGAAAACUUUUUAAAAAUAAAAACUACUGAUGUCGUAUUGUUCUCAUUAAAUAAAACACAAGAGCCAAAAACACAAUCCUUAAAUGGGGAAGAUGUAGUCAAGUCAGCAAAACGAUCUCAAGAGGUUAAACAAAGGCCGGUGAGUCUAGAGCUGUUGAAAACCAUGACUCUCGUUAAGACAGGGGACGACCAUAAGGAACCGUUAGUUUCUGGGCUGGACUUCCUGCCUGACGGGAGAAUCGUCGCUGUGGAUAACUGGAACUGGAAAUGUUUUAUCUUGAGUAACACACUGAAGAGGUUCAACACAUUUUAUAAAUUUAAGACAAAAUCUAGGGACAUAUCUGUGUACUCUGAUAACAAUAUUGCAGUAACCGUCAGUGACGGAGAUAUCCGAAACAUCUGCCUGCUGACAGUGGACAGUGACAAUAUGAUCUCGCUGAUGAAGACGCUGACCAUAUCCACCUACUCCUUCGCCAUCUGUCCCCUGAACGACCGCACGUUCGUAGUGAGCACUUAUGACGACCCGCGGCCAGCCAGGAUGAUCGACGUGGACGGCAACGAGAGCGACUUUGAAAACGUGAAGUUUCCCGGUAAGACGUAUAAGCGUGAUGAAAGUGUAUGUACCUACAUACCAUCCCGGCAUAUUCUUGUUAUUACAGACAGGGAUGCUCACACAGUUUACAUGUACCACGCCGUAUCCGGCAAGAGGACCGAUGUGAAAGAUAAGCGGAUACGAGAACCGAAAGGCGCCUGUGUAGGCCCCGAUCAAUCCGUGUUUACCUGCAGUCAGAACACAAACUCCGUCAUCCAGAUAUCGCCCGACGGGGAGAUAUUGACAUCCUGCGACGUCGACAUGAAGUUUCCGUUCGCCGUUGCCGUCUCCAGGGAUGGCUCAAGAAUGGCCGUGACCAAUUGUGCGAAAGGAGUGGGAAAACUGAAACUGUUUAAAAUAAUACAAUAAAGGUGUACUAUUAAAGCUCAGACAUAAA